AUGUUUCGGUACCAUUGAUAUUGCUGUGCCACCUAUAGGGGCGUUGCAGCGAAUCGCUAAGUGGCUUUUCUGAUCUACUUCCCGACCAGCUAGAAACAUCUGCUAGUUUUGUAGCUACAUAUCUAGUGCCAAAUUGUUCCCACUUGUCUCCACCUUUAACGCAAAGAGUUCUGGGACUUCAGCACAAAAACAGUCCCGCAGAAGUCAGCUAUCUUGUACACUCAGUCGAAGGGCGCAGUGAAGGGCACAUAAACAUCCUUCACUCGUUCCCAAAGGAAUUGGGACAACCUUUAAGAUGGCGAACAUAGUACUUCUGCCCCUCAGAGGAAGGUAACGAGUGAGCAAGGGUGCAGUUUGGGACGCAGCCUUUAUAUGUGAGACGUACUCGAUGUGACCUACAUUUCGGUACCAUUCAUAUUGCUGUUCUAUAGGGGUGCUGCAGCGAAUAGCUGACAUUUUUGAUUAAGUGUUUAUUUUAGCAGACGUCUCACUGAAAGAGAACACAAGGAGAACCCCACACUAAUAAAAUUAUGCAGAAAGACACCAUUGCUAGUGAACACACAGCCCAGAGGAUUUCCAAAACCAUCACAUUUUACAAGAAUGAAUCUCAAGCAGCCUCCAUGCUCCAACAGAAUGGCCCCAAGCCUCUGCUGCUGCUUCUUCCCUGGCUGGGCUCUCGACCACACGCUGUGGACAAGUAUCGUGAGAUCUACUUCAGGCAGGGGUUUGACGUUCUGACCGUGGAGAGUGAGCCCAGUCACUUCCUGUGGCCCAGGUGGGGGUUGGACUAUGGCGCCCAGGUCCUGGAGUUGCUGCAGAGUGACAGCUUUGUGUCCCGCCCACUGCUGCUUCAUGCCUUCUCCAUUGGAGGAUACACCUUCGCCCAGAUGAUGGUGCACAUCUCCAUGAAUGCUCAGCAAUACAAGAGCGUGACUGACAGGAUUAAGGGUCAGAUCUAUGACAGCCUCGUCAUAGGCUCUGUGGAGAAAAUGGCAGAAGGAGUCAGUAAAAUAUUCUCCCAUAGACUGCAAGGCUUAGUACGGUGGAGCACUUUGUUCUAUUUCAGAGCUCUUGGGGGCUAUACAGUGGAUUACUACAAUGCUGCCUUUCAUGUCUACUGGAAUAACUCGCUCCAGAUCCCAGCCUUAUUCUUUUACUGUGAAAAUGAUCCAAUAUGUGACCACAAAGAGUUAGAUAGAUUGAUAAAAUGCUGGCAGCAGAAGGGGAUUACAGUCAUGGCGAAAACCUGGAAAGACUCGCUUCAUGCAGGGCACCUUCGACAGCACCCACAGGAGUACCUGACGACACUGCAUCGGUUUCUGCAGUCCCUCAACAUGGCAGCGCUGAAGGCUAAGAUGUGAAAGACACUGUUUUCACACAGUAGUUGUGUUCCUCUCUCUUCCAGUAUAAUAACUGGCAUGCUCAGUUCUGUGCCCCCUGAGCAGCUGCUCAGUAGGCUAGAGAGCAGAUUUAAUCUGUGACCAGAGUGAGUGGAAAAAUUCUCUGAGACGCUCAGUUACUUAACACACCCACUGUUCCAAUCAGACUAUAGCCCCUUUCAUAUUGGCACAAGGCACAAAGUACUAUUAAAAAGCAGACUUUUUAACAUGUGUAGUAGUUAAAAAGGAGACUUAUGAUGAUGCUUAGCUGUACUUGACAGAAGACCCACCCUCAUGACAUUAGCCACUGCUAAAAGUUUAUAAGAGAUCCUCAGGAAAAUUCAUAUGGCAUUGCUUGAUAGGUUUUAAAAAUUGUAAGAGUAAAAAAAAAUCACAAAAACAAGAAUCGUUGUGUAGAACCUAUUUAGAUGAAAUACAUGCCAUAAGAACUGAAGUACUAAUUAGGAACACAGGUUGCUUGUUAAGGUGAUAAUUAUUUCUCUUUGUAAUGUAUUUAAACUGAGAACGAUGAGGAUCCAAAGGCAGAAGUUUUGUAAACGCAGUGGCAGUGGCAGUGGCAAGGACUAUUGGGGUGUUCUGUCCUAGUACUUGGAAACCGGCUUUGGUGUAAUUAAUUGCAUUGAGACGUUCUCUUGACUUGUGCUGGUUGUGCCAUUCUUGGAGAUCUACAACUGAAGUAUUCUGUAACAAUAAGUACCAAUUUGGAAAUAUUACUGAAGAGCCUUGCCCUCCAUGUUCCGUGUUAGUGCAUUGUGUAUUGUGCUUAGGUAUUAUAUGAUUUUAAGGUUGUUGCAACAACGAUGAAUUGUUUAUUUUAAACUCGUCAUUUUAUUUUAUUACUUCUGUGCAUUGAUUCCAUAAUGCGCUUGACUUGCACUUAUCUGCUCCCUAUUUUACUGCAUUUAAUCCUGUACUUUAGAGUACUGCAAUCUGUCACAAGUGUCAUUUAAUCUGUAGUAUUUUGUAUUUAAUUAUAUGCUGAUGUAACUUUCACUGACAAUUAUCUGCUCCGUUAUUAAAUCGUAUUUUGCCAUAUACUUGUACUUGCUAGAACUGAAGGCAUUGUAUUUUUUUGCUCUUAUCUUGCUCUUAAUUGUAUUAAUACUUGUACUGUGAUUCUUGAAAUGUAUUUUUGUUUACGCCUGUCAGUCGCCCUGGAUAAGGGCGUCUAAGCAAUUAAUAAUAAUAAUAAUAAUAAUAAUAAUAAUAAUAAUAAUAAUAAUAAUAAUAAUAAUGUGAUAGUUGGACCAGACUAAAGUACCAGUUGCUUGGUGGUAGUUAAUGAUUUAAUUUUCAGCAUUUGUGCACUUGAUAUUUUUAUUUCUAUAUUCACUUUAUAAUAUUUGAUUUGUUUCACAUUAGAUGUUUCUUUUGGUUUUGAUUGUGUUUUGUUGUACACACUGCUGCUAAGGGCUGAGCCUUUUUACUUGUAACUUAAUUGCUACUAAUAUGGAAACAAUUGUUGCAUUGGAAUAACUGCUGCUAUAUUGAAACAAUUGCUGCUAUAUUGAAACAAUCGCUAUGAAACUAAACAAAUGCUUUUUGUGCUGAUAAACUUUUAAGUGGU